CCAAAGUAUCUGUUUAAAGUUUAUUUCUGCAAAUAAUUGAUGUAAAUUCUUCUAAAACGAGCAGUCCUCUGAGGAUAAAUCUAGCCCUAGAAAACUUCUGUGUUUGCAGUGAGCUUCAUGAAGAAAAAAGGCUGUUAAAAGUUGUUACUUGUUUCACUUGUAAUAGUAUUAAUUGUAAAACUGGCAAACUUACUGAUUAUAGGAUUGAUAUUAAUCUCCAAGGUGAAAAGAAGGUUGUCUGGUUUGUUUUAAGAUUCAAGCAAGUACUACAUAGAAUAACAAACUUUACAAUUAAGAAAUUUGAUCCAUUUUAUGUUGCUGAAGUAUCUGAUCUAUUUGUUCAAUGACACUGCAACCGUAGAGGUAGCAGACCUCUUGAGCCUCACAAAACUGCUGCUGUCCAGGAAGAGAAACAGAGAACGAUACAGAGCUGGGAGGGGGCAGAGAGAGAUUUUUAUUGGAAGCUGUUAAAGUGGUUGCUAUGAGACCUUCUCCAGCUAACACAGGCACAGCAGUGUGUGAGGCUGAUAAAUCAUAGCUCUUGCAUUAUACCUUCCUUUUCUGCCUUUUUUUCCCCCCCUAACACAGCUUUUAUAGUUGUUUAAGAUCAGAGAAAACACCUGCCAGUUGCUUUUUCUUCUGUUUCGGUUCCUUCUGCUGCUUCGUGCAAGAUGGAGCUAGAAAAUGCAAUGAUCAGCUCCUCGAGCAGUUCUUCAGCAGGCUCCAGAGAGUACAAGGUGGUGAUGCUGGGAGCAGGGGGAGUUGGCAAAAGCGCAAUGACAAUGCAGUUCAUUAGUCACCGGUUCCCUGACUACCAUGACCCAACUAUAGAGGAUGCCUAUAAAACUCAAGUCCGAAUUGAUGACGAACCAGCCUAUUUGGACAUUCUAGACACUGCUGGACAGGCAGAAUUCACAGCCAUGAGGGACCAGUAUAUGCGAGGUGGAGAAGGCUUCAUUAUCUGCUACUCCAUCACAGACCGCCAAUCCUUUCAAGAAGCAGCUGAGUUUAAGGAACUCAUUUAUCGUGUCCGGCACACCUAUGACAUCCCAGUGGUGCUGGUGGGAAACAAAAUAGACCUGGAGGAGUUCAGACAGGUCAUUGGCUUCCUCCCAAAUCAGGCUGUGACAAAACCUAAUGGUGACAAUCCUACUGCAGUUUAACAGGGGCUUCAAACAUGAGUGCCAUGUGCUUAUACACCAGAACGGGAGGAAUGUGGCUUUGGGGAAGGAUGUUGAUUCAGUUGUUUUGCUGAGAGAGCUGGGCAUACACUUGAUCAGAAAGCAGGAUAAAAUUUAUUGCCUACAGUUACCCCUAGAUGAGAUUUCAGCAGUGCUCUAUUUCCUCAUUGGUACUCUAAUUCUUCUUUCACCGAUCUCUGGCACUAUCUCUUUCUAAUCUAACCUUUUGAUGAACUUUUAUAUUUUAAUCAUUGUCAAAAUAUAUAAAAAUGUAUGUCUGGUUUAAAUACUUUUACAUGCUCCUUUGUGAUCUUGUCUGGUCUCACAAACAGGCAUAUUACUGUGCAUGAAUAUCUGGAUUUCACCUACAGAAUUUUAGAUUAAGGGGCAUGGGGAAGCCUUUGGGAAUAAUAGUAGAAAUUAAGCCUGUGAGAUGUCUUAAACACACUAAAAAUUGUUCUAUAAAGUCAUAACUGAUGAUCCUGCCUGAAUAUGUGAACAAAUAAAUUCCAAAUUAUGGUCCUAAAUUUUUAAAAAGUUUUCAAUGAAACAGAAUUUAGGCCUACAGAAUGUUUUCCUCUAUAAAUACCAACAUAUUUUGCAAUGUCAGAAAGCUUUUCUCAAGUAUUCUGCAAUCUAGACUUUGGCCCCUAAGUCAAAGACAAGUAAGGUAGUGCAAACCAGAUCUGCUCCUUUAAAUAAAGCUUUUGAAUGUGACAAUAUGUCCAUAAGCGUGUAUUAUGUAACAACAGUAAAGAAAAGCAACUUUUUAUGGAGUGCAUAUUUUGAGAUCUUGUUUUUAAACUAUCUCUAGUCCAUGACUGUUGUCCAUUCCACAGUUCAAAGCAAAUCAUGGUUAAGUGGGUGAGAUGAGCAGAUACUGCUCAGAAUAUCUUUCUGACCUAAACUGAAGCCCCAGUGUGUGGGAGGACCCUACUGUGCCCAACUUUAAGCACAUAUUCAUGCUCUUCAUUGUUUCACUCUUUCAGUACUCGGACAUGAGGCUGUGCUGUAUGUUUAACAAAAACUGAAAUAAGUUUUAUCUAUGCUUGCUUGUAAGGUUAAGCAAUAUCUAAGUAAAUGGAUGAGCUCUGGGAAGGUAGAUUGAAAGGGAUCUUUUCAAGGUCAUGCACUGUGGUUACAGCUUCAUUAAAAGCAUUUGGAUGGUCGAGAGUGACAGCCAACUAACUCUGGAGUGACAGGCAGCAAUGAGCUGGUGAUGUAGGGCAUUAACAUAUCAAUGAACAAACAGGGAGGUACACAGGCACAGCAAAUUCAAACAGCUGAAAAAUAGUAGGUGUCAGAAUGCAAUCAGCCAGAUUGGAAUUUGACCAGGGCACCAGGGCUAAUACUGUUGUUUUGUUUAAUGAUAUUUUUCUCCUGUAAAUUUCAUUAAAACAACUGUAAUGUUAUUCACGUUAUUUCAGGGCAUAACAUUAAGCUCAACCUUCCUGGGCAUCAUUUCCAUUUAAUGACAAUUCUGUAACAAUCAGACAGGCUGUAGUGGCUUGGCCAGCAGAAGCUAUUGUUUGAAAUGUGAAUCCUUACACAGUACAGUUAGUGAUGUAUACUGCUUUCCUCAAAUCUAUCAACAGCACUACAAGAACAAAACUAAUCUGCAAUUAUAAUUGUAACUUAAGAGAAACACUGCUGAAAAACAAAAAUCAUGAGUUUAUUAUUUUUAAAUGUUAUUUUUAUUUUAUGAUGGCUUCAGUGAAAUUAUAGUCUUUAUGUGUGCCUGUGAUUUUUAAUGUCCUAAGAAAUGGGUUUGUCUGUACUCUUUCUGAAAGAAAAUUUUAGUUAUAUUCACCAGCCUAAAGAAUAAAGACUUUCAAUUUUCUCUGAACAACACAGGGGAAAUUGUGCAAAAACUAGGUGGAAAACAGAGUAAAUCAUUAUCUUGAUGUAUAUGUGGUGGUAAGGCAACCUCCAUCCCCCACUGAACAGGCAUGAAUUGCUAAGGCAUUCACAGAAUCAUGAAGUGGUUUUUAUUGGAAGGGACUUUAAAGUUCAUCUCAUCCCAACCUCUCUGCCAUGGACAGGAACACC